CUGUCUGGAUCACGCCUCGACCUGCUCUCCUCCCUGGCGCACUCGCGCACUACCCGCCAAUCCUCCAAUGGGAACUUCAACAUCAAGGCCAGCUCUGGAUACAAGUUUGGCUGCUUGGCCAAGAUCGUCAACUACAUGAAGACAAGGCAUCAGGGCGGUGACACGCACUUCCUGACCCUCGACGAGAUUCUGGAUGAGACCAAACUUCUCGACAUCAGCAUGAAACAGAAACAGUGGCUCAUGACCGAGGCCUUGGUCAGCAACCCAAAAAUCGAAGUCCGCGACGGGACCUACGGCUUCAAGCCCAAGUACAACCUGAAAGACAAGAAAGCCUUACUGAGGCUGCUGGACAAACACGACCAGCUCGGCCUCGGAGGGGUGCUGCUGGACGACGUGGAGGAGGGGCUCCCGAAUUCAGCCAAAGCCAUCAAGGCACUGGGGGAUCAGAUCAUCUUUGUAACCAGACCGGACAAAAAAAAGAUCCUGUUCUACAAUGACAGGCACUGUCACUUUGUUGUGGAUGAAGAAUUCCAGAAGCUGUGGAGAAGUGUCCCGGUAGACUCCAUGGACGAGGAAAAGAUCGAAGAGUACCUGAAAAAACAAGGGAUCUCCUCCAUGCAAGAAACCGGACCAAAGAAAGUGUUACCGGUUCAAGGCCGAAAGAAGAACAGCGGGCAGAGGAAGAGACACUUCAAGACCCACAACAAUCAUCUGGCAGGGGUUCUGGAGGACUAUUCAGAAGGCGUGCCAGCGAAGAAAUAA